GUUGAAAAGAUGCCCUUUUCCUUAUUAAAUAUAUAAACAUUUUCACCCAACUUUCUUUUUUCUUUUUUUUUUUCAUUUUUGAAUCCACCGUUUUAGAUGUCCGUCUGUCAUCUUCAAACGCAAAUAAACCCUACUCUCUCUCUCUGUCUUUCUCAUAAGGAGGAGAAAAAACCCAUUCUUCGGCCCUAACAGACCUUAAUGGAAACGCCAGAAAUCUUCCACGCUGGUUACUGCCGUGCCGGAAAUCCCCAAUUCGUGCCGGAAAAGCGACACACCGACCCGAAAUCCGGCGACCAUUUCAUCAUCGAAGACCUCCUAGAUUUCUCCAACGAAGACGCCGUCGCCGUCGUCGCUGACGACGACGGAACCUUCGACGCUGCUGCCGGAAACUCUACUGAUUCCUCCACUGUCACCGCCGUCGAUAGCUGCAACUCCUCGUUUUCCGGCUCUGAACUUCAUUUCUCCAGCGAACUUGGCUGCCGGAAUUUAUCGGACGCUCAUUUCUCGGGCGACCUCUGUGUCCCGUAUGAUCAAUUAGUGGAGCUCGAAUGGCUGUCGAACAUCGUCGACGAAUCCUUUUCAAGCGAAGAUAUGCAGAAAUUACAGAUAAUUUCAGGCAUGAAAGCCCGCACCGAUGACUCAUCGGAAACCCGAGAAUUCCCAACCAGUAACGGCCGUAACAGCCCGAUAUUCAGGCCAGAGGUGUCAGUUCCCGGGAAGGCCCGCAGCAAGCGUCCUCGUGCGGUCCCAUGCAACUGGUCCUCCCGGUUGCUAGUCCUGUCGCCGACGACAUCGUCGUCGGAGUCGGAGACGGUCGCCCCGCCCAAUCCCACCAAGAAGGCGCCAAAAUCAACGCCGAAGAAGAAAGAGGCUCCGGAGUCGUCGCCGGACGGGCGAAAGUGCCUGCAUUGCAUGACGGACAAGACGCCGCAGUGGCGGACCGGGCCGAUGGGGCCCAAGACGCUGUGCAAUGCAUGCGGGGUCCGGUACAAGUCCGGGAGGCUGGUGCCGGAGUAUCGGCCGGCAGCGAGUCCUACGUUCAUGCUUACGAAGCAUUCAAAUUCGCAUAGGAAGGUUAUGGAGCUACGGCGGCAGAAGGAAUUGCAACAGCAGCAACAACAGCAGUUUCUGCAUCCGAAUGCCGUCUUCGACGUCAUCGGUGGAGAUGAGUACUUGAUCCAUCAUGGUGGUCCAGACUUUCGGCAGCUAAUUUGAAUGGAAAAACUCAAAACUUCUAAUGAAAAUUUGAGGUUUAGUUGCGAAAUUUAGAUUUUCUGAACUUUUUUUCUUCUUCUUUUUUUGUAAUUCUCUUUUAAUUCCUAACUCUUUUUGUUUUUGUUAAUUAGAUUUUUUCCAAAAAUGCAAAAAUUAAAAAAGAAAAAAAAGAUGGGGUGGUCGAAGGUUAGUGUUAGAA